AUGACACGGUGGGCUGCGCACCGGUCGUGCGGCCGUGCCAACGGGCACCCCUGCGUGGAACCGGGACAGGCCCGCCGCGCUCAGCUUCUUGGGUGCGUGGCCCUGCGUCCCGUGCCGAGGCUUGUCGGAGCGGUAAAGUGGGGGGACGUUGCGGCGCUUCGUGUGCGCGGGGUUGCAUGUGCUGCGCGCGGGGGAAUACUCGCCCGGACCUCGUCCUGGCGGCGGCGCCUGCGCGCCCGCCGCGGCUUGGAGGGUGUGUGUGCGUGGGGGGUCCGGAGCGAUCCCCUCCUCUCCCGUGGCGACGCCCGCCAUUGCGGCAGGAAUCAGGGAGAAGCGCGGCACCCUACUGGUUGGGCGGCUUUCUCCGAGGAGGCGCUUGCCCCGCGGUUGUACUGGGGACCCGCUUUGGUUCGCUCGCGGGCGCGCCGGCGACGGAGGAGGCCCCAGGCUGCGCAUGAGUUCCACACUGCACCCUCGCCGCCGUCGGUGGUUCUCUGCACGUGCCGCGGUGCGGCACAAGUUGCGCCACUGCUUGUGAGAGGGCUGUUGGAGGUGCUGCGUGGAUGCAGCCGCAGCGCGGCGUCGUGCGUAGUGGGCUGUGGCCUCUGCACCCCGCUCUGGAAGGCGCCCCUUUCCGUCUUUUCCUACUUGGAGGGACCUUUCCGUUGCUUCACGUCGUGGGUGGACUGCACUUGUCUUCGGGAGGGAGCGGCAGCGCUGUGA